AUGGAUUACAAGAAGGUCCAAGAAUGGUUUACAGCCCUUGAUUUCUCAAGUAAUAGAUUUGUCGGAGAUAUUCCAAAAUCCAUUGGAAAUUUAAAUUUAAAAGACCUUCGUUUGCUUAAUCUUUCCAAUAAUUUUCUCAUUGGCCACAUCCCACAAAGUUUAAGAAACCUUGUAAAUUUAGAAUCACUAGACCUUUCUCAAAACAAGCUCUUUGGGGAAAUCCCACAACAGCUAACGCAACUUACUUUCUUGGAAUACUUUAAUAUUUCUCAUAAUCAUCUCGUGGGACCAAUACCACAAGGAAAACAAUUUGAUACUUUUCCAAGCAAUUCAUUUGAAGGAAAUCCAGGAUUGUGUGGAAGCCCAUUGAGAAAGAAAUGUAAGAAUUUUGAGGUUUCACUACCUUCACCUUCAACUCCUGAAGAGAGUCAAGAUUUGAGGUCUCCAUUUCAGUUUGGUUGGAAAAUUGUUUUGAUUGGGUAUGGAUUUGGACUAGUUGUUGGAGUGACUAUUGGGCACACUGAUAGUGCAAGGAAUCAAGAUUGGUUGAUGAAAACCUUUGGAAUGAGAAAACUGGUGCGGGGAUUGAUUUAA